AUGAAAACUUCUGAGAAAUUCCAAGAGUUCCUCUCGAAUUUCCGUUACCUUGCAGGCGUUGCGCAGAUCCCUGAAUCGCAGCUGAAAUCUGACCUUUGGAGAAAACUUACACCCACUUUACGACUGAUGACCCAAUACAAACGGGAGAAGGUUUCAGUUGGCUUCGCAGCUUUUGCUACCCAUUGCAGUGCCCAGUAUGACUUGAGCACUACUCACGAGAAACUCAAAAGCUCGUUCCGCAGCAACAACCCUACCAAGGAUUCAAACAACAAAGGAUCGACUGCUGUGGCCAAGACUGCAAACUCAGACUCAACCCAGGUCAAACUCUCGCCUGAGGAACGGGAGAAGCUACGAAAAUCUGGCUCUUGCUACAGUUGCAAACAACCAGGCCACAUGGCGAGCACUUGUCCUUUGAAGAAGACGCAGCUCGUUGUCAAUACUUAG